UUCUGAAGAGAACAUAGAGUCAACCGGAAGUCGCUUGGCGUAGUUUACUAACUCCGUGGGUAAAACGGCUAUGGUCGCUGCUCGUCUGGCCCUGCAGCUCUGCUCUCUAUCCGCUUCCCCGACCCACUGAACACGAGUUGCCGGGCUGAGGAGUCGCUGAGCUGGGAGCCGGCGGCCAGGCGACGCGCGUUUCCCGGUAGUUCGCGCGGGCCGACGCCCGGCCUCGCCGUGCGGGGACGCGCUGAAGGCGGAAGACUGCGCAUCAGCAGUAGCGGGAUGCUACACGGCUACCGCGGCUAGCCCGCCGCAGACCUGCUGCGAGUUGCCCGGAGGGACCGCCGUCUGAGCAGCGAGGGAGCUCCGCGGUCCUCUGGUGGCUGAGGGGAGCGGCAGAGGAGCUCUGAGCCCGCAGGGAGACACGUCCACGGAAGACCGUUACCACCAUGGCGAGCAGGAGGAAGACGACCACGCCCUGCAUGCGCGCUCCGCAGGAGGUGGUGGCAGAGGACUCUGACCAGGAGAUGCAGGAGGAGGAGGAGGAGGAGCUCGGGGGAGAGGAGGAGGAGGAGGAGCUGGAGGAGGAGCUGGGGGGCGGCGAGGUGAUGGAGCCCGACCUGGACCCGGCGGAGGGUGGGUUCGAGUGCAAGUACUGCCCCUUCCGGACGUCGGAGGUGAAGCAGUUCACCCAGCACGUGGACCAGCAGCACCCCCAGGUCGUGCUGAACGCCUCCUACGUCUGCCUGGACUGUGACUUCCACACCAAGAGGUACGACGCCCUCCUGGAGCACAACGUGCGGCAGCACCCCGGGGAGGAGCACUUCAGGAGGAGCAUGCUGCGCCGCCACAACCACACCGUGUUCCAGCAGAGCGCGGGGGGGCUGGGGGCGGGGCCGGAGGGGGCGGGGCCGGAGGGGCACGGGGCGUGCCGCGGCAGCAUUGCCCUCAGCAAGACGCCCAUCAUGCGGGCGCACCGACGCCGCCACACGCCCAAGAAGUUCCCGGCCGCCCGGCCGGCCGACGACGUCAUCAAGGUGGAGAGCGACGAGGAGGAGGAGGAGGAGGAAGAGGAGGAGGAGGAGGACAGGGAGAACAUGGAGCCCCCGCGCCUCUCCCCGGCCCCCCCGCCGCCCCCGCCGCCGCCCCGCCUGGUGACGGCCACGCCCCUGCAGCUGCAGCACGGGCUGGGCGGCGUGCUGCAGAUCAAGGCGGGCGUGGGGGGCGGGGUGCUGCCCCCGGGGACCCUGGCCCAGGUGCUGUCCGCCCUGCAGAGCCAGCAGGGCGGCGGCGGGGGCGGGGGGCACAGCCAGCUGCUCAUCCCCCUCAGCAGCAUCCCCACCUACAACGCCAGCAUGGACAACAACGUGCUGCUGCUCAGCGCCUACAACAGGUUCCCCUACCCCAGUGUGUGUGAGAUCGUGGGCCUGUCCUCCCAGACCCGGUUCAGCGAGGAGCAGAUCAAGGUCUGGUUCUCCGCCCAGCGCCUCAAGCACGGAGUGAGCUGGACCCCCGAGGAGGUGGAGGAGGCGCGGAGGAAGAAGUUCAACGGCACGGUGCAGGGGGCGGGGCACCAGACCAUCACGGUGAUCCCGGCGGCCAAUGGGCUGCAGUCGCUGUUCCAGACCUGCCAGCUGGUGGGGCCCCCCGGGCUGCUGCUCACCCAGGCCCCCAUCACCCUCGCCGUGGCCCAGCAGCCCCCGGCCGCCGACGCCCCCGCAGAGCCCAAGAGGCAGGCCUCCCCGCCGGGCGGGGCCCCGGGCCCCGGGGCCGACCCCCUGGGGGCCAAGCCCAAGAAGUCCAAGGAGCAGCUGGCAGAGCUGAAGGCCAGCUACGGCCGCCGGCAGUUCGCCACGGAGGCGGAGAUCGCACGGCUGAUGCGCGUCACGGGCCUCACCAAGCGCGCCAUCAAGAAGUGGUUCAGCGACACGCGCUACAACCAGCGCAACGCCAAGGAGCACCAGGGGGCGGUGCCGGGCGAGGCCCCGCCCCCCGACGGCCCCCCCGGGGAGCCCGCGCCCGGCGAGGGCGGGGCGGGCGGCGGUGGCAGCGCCCGGGCGGACGCGCCGACGGUGGCGGCGGCCGGCGGCGUCCCCGCGGUGACCAUCGUCAUCGACUCCAGCGACGACGCCAGCGACGGCUCGCCCGCCUCCGGCCCGGCGGCUAGCGACCCGCGCGUCAAGUUCCGCCACGCCUUCCCCGACUUCACGCCGCAGCGCUUCAAGGAGAAGACGGCGGAGCAGCGCCUGGCGCUGGAGGCCAGCUUCCUGACCUCGCGCACGCCGUCGGACGAGGAGCUGAGCCGCCUGCGGGCGCACACCAAGCUGACGCGGCGCGAGGUGGACGCCUGGUUCACGGAGCGCCGCAAGGCCCUGGAGCCCGACGCCGACCCCGAGGGGCCCCCGCCCGGGGCCGCCUCCUCCUCCGGCCGGGCCACGCCCCCCGCCGCCCGGAAGGUGCUGAAGAAGACCCCGGAGCAGCUGCACAUCCUGAAGACGGCGUUCGUGCGCUCGCAGUGGCCGACCACGGAGGACUACGACGCCAUGGCGACGGAGAGCGGCCUGCCGCGGAGCUACAUCGUCAACUGGUUCGGAGACACGCGCUACGCCUGGAAGAACAGCAACCUCAAGUGGUUCUACCUGUACCAGAGCGGAAAGGUGGAGGAGGCUCUGAAUGGGGGUCCAGUGAAGACCCAGAAGAAGUCUCGGAAGCGGUUCCGGGGUUGGUCCCGUAGAACCCGCCGCCCGUACCCCUGUAGACGCUCGCCCCAGCCCAGGCCCGCCCCCGUCAAGCAGGGCGAGGCGGUGCUGCGGGACCACUACCUGCUGUACGGCGGCCUGGAGGAGCAGCAGCUGGACGAGCUGGCCAGCCGCUCGGCGCUGGGCUACCAGGCGGUCCGCGACUGGUUCGCUGAGGCCGGGCGCCUCGCCGAGCAGGGUCUCGCGCCCUUCAGCCCCGCCCCCGAGACACAGGCCCAGGGCAAGGACCAGGACAUGGAGCCGGGAGCCCAGGGAGAGGAGGAGGAGGACGAGGAGGAGGAGGAGGAGGGAGAGGAGGAGGAGGAGGAGCAGGAGGAGGAGCAGGAAGGGGGCCGGGGGGAGGAGGAGGAGGGAAUGGAAGAGGAGGAGGAGGAGGAGGAGGGACGGGGGGAGAAGGUGGAGGAAAAGGAGGCGCAACGGGGGGAAGAGCAGGUGGAGGAGGAGCAGGAUGCAGCAGCACCAAUGGGAGAAGAGAAAGGAGCAGCAGAACCAAUAGAAGGAGAGAAAGGAGCAGCGGAACCAAUAGAAGGAGAGAAAGGAGCAGCGGAACCAAUGGAAGAAGAGAAAGGAGCGGCAGAGCCAAUAGAGGAAGAGAAAGGAGCGGCAGAACCAAUAGAGGAAGAGAAAGGAGCAGCAGAACCAAUAGAGGAAGAGAAAGGAGCAGCAGAGCCAAUAGAGGAAGAGAAAGGAGCGGCAGAACCAAUGGAAGAAGAGAAAGGAGCAGCAGAACCAAUGGAAGAAGAGAAAGGAGCGGCGAAACCAAUAGAGGAAGAGAAGGGGGCGGGAAAUUCUGAAGAAGUCAGCCAAUCACAGCCUCCGGAGAAGCAGGAGGAGACGUGAUGAUGAUGAUGAUGAUGAUGGUGUGGGGGGGCGGGGGGGGGUAAAGUAACAGCAUUUUUGGAUUACAAACAUUCAGGGGAAAAAGGUGUCAGGGGAACCCCCACAGGAAGUCACGGCGCUUCACAACAGGAAGUCACGGCGCUUCCCAACAGGAAGUCACUGCGCUUCCCAACAGGAAGUCACUGCGCUUCUCAACAGGAAGUCACUGCGCUUCUCAACAGGAAGUCACUGCGCUUCUCAACAGGAAGUCACUGCGCUUCUCAACAGGAAGUCACUGCAGCUUUUUCUGGUUACGUGUUAACUGCCAAAAUCAGGGGUUUUAAGUUUAUACAAAGAACUGAGGAAAACAUGCUCUCAAGGGAAGACGGUCUAAUAAAUCAUAUUCAUUAGACCGUACUGUAUCAUAUAGGUUAGUCUGAUAUACAUUAGACCAUACUAUAUCAUAUAGGUUAGUCUAUAUCAUAUAGGUUAGUCUGAUAUACAUUAGACCAUACUAUAUCAUAUAGAUUAGUCUAUAUCAUAUAGGUUAGUCUGAUAUACAUUAGACCAUACUAUAUCAUAUAGGUUAGUCUAUAUCAUAUUGGUUAGUCUGAUAUACAUUAGACCAUGCUAUAUCAUAUAGGUUAGUCUAUAUCAUAUAGGUUAGUCUGAUAUACAUUAGACCAUACUAUAUCAUAUAGGUUAGUCUAUAUCAUAUAGGUUAGUCUGAUAUACAUUAGACCAUACUAUAUCAUAUAGAUUAGUCUAUAUCAUAUAGGUUAGUCUGAUAUACAUUAGACCAUACUAUCAUAUAGGUUAGUCUAUAUCAUAUAGGUAAGUCUGAUAUACAUUAGACCAUACUAUAUCAUAUAGGUUAGUCUAUAUCAUAUAGGUUAGUCUGAUAUACAUUAGACCAUACUAUAUCAUAUAGGUUAGUCUAUAUCAUAUAGGUUAGUCUGAUAUACAUUAGACCAUACUAUCAUAUAGGUUAGUCUAAUAUAAAUUAGACGAAACUAUAUCAGAUAUAUCUAUAUUUAUAUCUAUAUAUAUCAUAUAAUAAUGUGUGUGUAUAUAUGUAUGUAUACAUAUGUUAACUUAUAUGUAUACAUUUGUGUAUGUAUAUACACACACAUGUGUAUACAUAUGUGUGUAUGUGUACAUAUGUAAUUAUUGUGUAUAUAUAUAUAUAUAUAUGUAUAUAACUGUGUAUGUAUCCCUCCGGUGGUCCAGGCUCCUCCUCUGACCUCUGACCUUGACCUGGUUUUGUCUACUUGAGACUUUUAAACUAAACGGCCUUGUGUGUGUUUUUACUUUUCUAUGUUUGAGUGGUUUGUAAAUCCCUAGUGGAGGAACCGGGGUUCCUCUACCUGGUCCCGGGGGGGGCCCUGGGGGGGGCUCCACACCACACCACACCAGCCCCGUGUGGACACGUAGCCACGAUGGACUGUUGCUCAAUUAUGCUCUCAUCCGCAACACCAGGCUUUCCCACACCUGCCAAAUAAAGGGCCGGCCAGGCUCGGGGGGCCGGACCCUGGUUCCGGACCCCGAGGGUGCUGACCCCUGCCCCACCAGUCGCCCCCGACGACCACAGAGCUGUGGGAGGGGGGGGAGGGGCCCAGCACGGUCUUCGGGGACAAGCUCCGCCCUCACAGGAAGUACAGACCCAUGUGUCGGAGGUUGGGUGAUGCAGCGCCGUCGUAUUCAGGGUCAGACUCCUCCCCCCGCCGCCGCCCAGAGCUGGUUAGACCUUUAUACCGGGUCGGGGGGCUCCGGGACCAGGACCAAGGGCUUCAGGGACCAGGACCCGGGGCCCCAGGGUCCAGGACUCUGACCGGUCUGAGGGGGGACCCGGGCCGGGCCUCAGGGCGGACCUCCACCUGCGCUUCACUUCAAACGUCGGUGCCAAGGAGCUCAGGGCCUCUGAGCCUCAGGGCCUCUGAGCCUCAGGGCCUCUGCUCAGGAGCCGAACCUUCAACUUAUUUAUUACGGUUGGACUCUUUAUCGAUUUAUUUCUUUUGUUUUGUCUAAGUGAAGGAAUAAAGAUUUUUAAACCAAG